AAAUGUUAAGUCGCUUUUCAUUGGAUAAAGAAUCAAGAAUUGUCCAAUUAAAAUUAAUGUUUCACAAAUAUGUAGGCUAGACAUCAAACAUGGCCGACGAAGAUGGAGAAGUUCUUUUUCAGCGUGGAAAGGAAGAUGAAAAUGAAGAUAUAUGGGAUGACACUGCCCUUAUCAAGGCCUAUGAUGAGGCAGUAUCUGUCAUGAAGAUGAAAGCAGCUGAACAGAAUGGAUUAAGUGUAACAGAUGAAGAUGUUCUGGCAACACCUAAGUCAAGAAAGCAGAACAGAAAGCGGGGAAGAUCAAAAAAGACUAGAAAGUGGAAAGUAGGGGACAGAUGCAGAGCUAGAUUUAGUGAGGACCAGUGCUUAUAUGAAGCUGAAAUAAUCUCAAUUGACGAUGCUGCAGGCACGUGUUACGUCAGAUACGCAGACUAUGGAAAUGAAGAAGAGCAGAUGCUUAAGGACCUUUUACGAGUAAGAAAAGCUAAACACAAGCAAGUACAGGAGUCCGAAAAUGAGAGUGAUAGUGGUAUGGAUUGGAGGAGUGCACGCAGUUCCCAUACAGCCUCCCACUCAACAAGUCUUCCAUCUAUGGCCCCACCCAGACAGCCAGGAACUUCAGAACAUAUGCCACAACCCCAGUUUCCUGGUCCCAUGUUCCCUGGUAUGAUGGGUAUGCCACCACCACCACCACCACCAGGACAUUUUGAUUCUGCACCUAGGAUUCCAUUUAUGCCACCACCACCGCUACCUCCGCAGUUUUCAGACUUGACAGAAGAGAGCAAUGAAGCAUUAUGCAGUAUGUUGAUGGCGUGGUAUAUGAGUGGUUAUCACACAGGAUACUAUCAGGGCUUACAAGGUAAAAAAGAUGCUGGGAUGAAUAGACCAUUUGUGAACAGAUGACCUUGACCUUACACAGAGGAAGUCAUGUUUAGUAGACUGUGCCUAGAAAAUGUUACACUAUGUCCAGAAUAUGUUAAGACUGUCCAGAAAAUAUUAGACUGGAUUUAUGAAAUGUGUUCAGAACAAUCAAUGAUUUCAAGGAAUUGUACAGAAUAAAUUAGACUGGAUAUUUGAGCUUUUGGAAUGGUAAACCAGUCAGCAGAACGUGGUAUUAUGGUUGACUGGUGCUAUGAAUGAGUUUGUGGAUGAUAAAAGGAAGAGGAGUUGAAUUUGAAAGUGGUUCAGUUUCAUAGAACUUGAAAUGAACUUUUUAUGAAAGCAGGCUCCACUUCAGAAGUUUAUGAAUCAUUCAGCCAUAGUAGCACACUGGGAAAGAUCUCAUUACAUUGUCAGAAUUUUUAACCAGUACUUUUACCAUUUCAUAUGUUUGCUUAAAGCUCAUGCUAGUUUUAAAUCUCUGAAAAGCCUCA